AUGAUGUCUUCAAUCGUGUGUCUGGCUGCCAUGCUUGGUGUGGCAGCGAUGGCUACGCUACAGUCAGUGGCCGUAACUGGCCGAUUGACCUGCAAUGGACAACCCUAUUCUGGAGCCAGGAUCAAGCUCUAUGAUGAUAAUACCUUGACCCCCGAUAGCAAACUCGGCGAAGUCACGUCGGACUCCAACGGAAAUUUCAAUCUCACCGGAUCCACCAGCAAUCUUCUCUUCAACCAAGACCCCAAAUUCAAUAUCUACCACCGCUGCGGGAUGACUGUCCCUGUCUGCUAUUACAAAUCUUCCUACAAAAUCCCGUCUCAAUACGUUAGCAAUGGGGCCACGGCUUCCCAGGUUUACAACGCACAGACGAUCGAGCUGUCGAUGCUCGAAACGGACCGCGACUGCCUCAACAGACGGAAA